GUUCUUAUUCACGAAAACUCAGCCGAGUUUUAGAAAUGUUCCGAGCGACGUCAUCACACCCGCCAUACGAAAAAUAUGACGUCAGGAAGCGUGAUCCGGACACCAAAUCGGCCGUCUUGUUAGUGGUUGACAUGCAAAACUACUUCUACACGAUGGCCAAGCCUAUCCUGCCGGAGAUCAAGGCCACAAUCAAUCUCUGCCGCGGCGCGUCAGUGCCUGUGAUCUUCACGCGACACCGUCACCAGUCCCAGGAGGACUACGGCAUGCUUAACGAGUGGUGGGACGGCAACCUUAUCAUGGACGGCACUGUUGAGGCCGAGCUCAUUCCCGAUUUGGGCAGGGUGGAUUCUGACUUGGUGGUUGAAAAGUACACUUACAGCGCCUUCAGAGGUACAAACUUAGAGGACACUCUGGCUGAGAUGGGGGCAAAAGAGGUAAUUGUGUCUGGCGUAAUGACCAACUUGUGCUGUGAGACCACUGCAAGAGAGGCUUUUGUGAGGGGUUUCAGGGUUUUCUUCUCCACAGAUGCUACUGCUACAUCCUCGGCAGAACUGCAUCAUGCAACCUUAAUGAACAUGUCAUAUGGUUUUGCAUAUUUAGUUGACUGCAAAAGUCUUCAGGAUGCAUUUUCAACAUCUUGAUUCUCACCAUUAUUGUAAAAUAUUGCAUUUAAAUGCCCUCUGCAUGUAUGCAAAUGCAUAAUAAAUAUACCCAUUCGAGUGUGGAAAAUAAUCAUGUGGCUCUAUAGUUAUGUUCACUGUUCGAUAA